AUCGAAUAGGUAUAUUGGCAUUUCAGAGGAUCAUUUUCUUUUUCCUGAGGUUCACGAGUUCAAGCGCCAACGAAACGAGCCUCGCGGUCUCGCGGUUGGUUCUUCCCUGCGCGCGAGCAACCGUCCCACGCUGAGGGCGUCCUUUUCUAGCGUCGCCUUGUUCUCUGCUCGCCGCGGCCAGUUUGAGUGGGCCAAAGAGCUGGGAGAACAUGCUGCUCGCCAACUAUAAUCACCGGUAACACUUUUGACGCACCGGGAACAGGUUUUCCAUCACCUGGCCGGUUCUAGCUGCUUCCACUGAAAGCAGGGAAAGAAUUGUGAAGAAAGUCUCAGCUCCAAGAAACCAUGCUUUCACCCUCCAAGAGCGGCUCUCCCCUUUGGGAAGGAGAAUUGAGUCCAAUUGAUGGUCUGACAAGAAACCUUACAGAAAUGACAUGGAGCCCGAGAUCGCCGGCACAAACACCCCUGUCAACACGCUUUGUUCUGCCGUUGCCAAAGUCUCCAGCAGGACGUAUCAUGAAAGAGGAGGAGCCUUCACCAACCAUUCAAUGUUGGGUUCUCAAGGACGUGUCCAACCGAACGAACCUCGGCCGGCGCCAGUGCAACUGGAGGCGCCGAUUGCUGGGGCACCAUGAUAGUGACGAAGGAAUACAUUCUUCUAGUAGCCAUGCAAGCAGCUGUGGCUCACAAGAAAAUGCACCCAGCUGCAGUUCAGAUUCAGGCAAGAAGUCAUCUGAUGAGAGUGCAUCCUGGGAUGGCCUCCAGGAAUUGGAAGGAGCAAGUGCUCUGGAUUUUAUCUCUACUGGUGACAGUGACGACGGUUUUGUGUCAAGUCUUGAGGACUGCUUUUUGGAACGAGUGCCCGAUCUACCAGAGUCCUUCCAGAAGCUCUUAGACUCGCCCCUCACCCUUGGGUGUUCGCCAACUUUUAGCACCACCGACAAAAAAAACGUGCCAAAUAUCGACAGCGACUCGGCUGACGAUGUUACCAAGUUGCCUUGCUCUUCUGCAGAAGAGGAAACUGCUGCCACGCAUGGCGCAUCUGGCUUGCUGGAGCCCACGGUUGCAGUGCCCUUCGAAUACCUGCAAGGCAGUGUUUUCAAACGCCCAGUGUCACCAGGAGAUAUAAUACGCCUCCCAUCUCAGAAGCGCAGCAAGGGCAUUCUUUUGCAGAGAUUCACAAGCUACACUGAGCCCAGCUGUUCCUUAAAGGUGACCAACUUUACCAGGUCACGCUCCGACACUGAUGCAUCCAUCAUGAAUGCCUUACAAAAAUCUACUGAUGAUCCUGAUCUCAUAGGAGAUUACACAAAGCCUUACGCCUUGCCUUUGGUGAAGGGAAAGCAUGAUGAUCUCAAGAUGAUACGCCCAUCCACUCUUGCUGAUGUCUUGCGAGGAAAGUAUGACUCUGUUGUGGACGACUACAUGGUGAUUGACUGCCGUUACCCUUUUGAGUUUGAUGGAGGACACAUACAGAAUGCCAUAAAUUUGUACAGCUCUGAGCACAUCGUGUCAGAGUUACUGGACAAAUCUGCAUCAAACACCGAUUCCCGCCGAAUCUUGGUUUUUCACUGCGAAUUCUCUUCAGAACGGGGUCCAAAGCUGUCACGUUUGCUCCGUGAAAAGGACAGGCAAAUGAACGAGGCGCAGUAUCCUGCCUUAAAGUAUCCUGAAAUAUAUGUCCUUGAAGGUGGCUAUAAGGCAUUCUACAACGAAUUUCAGGACUUGUGUACACCACAAGGAUACAUUCCGAUGCGCCACAAGAACUAUGAGGCUGACCUGCGACUGUAUCGUGGCAUGGCCAAGACGGAAGGAGCAGCUUGCAAGUGUCGUGGUGGUGGUCAGGUUCGCCCCCUGAAGAAGUUCUAGGCACUCGAACAAUCAGGUUCUGAAUGGGUUGGAUGCAGUCAUACUUUACCAGAGGACACUGUAGGCAAAAGCCAGCCUGUCGUGGCCUAAGCAGUGUUCAAAGCUACACUUGAAAUGUACGGCAACUUACCAUCAUAACUUGCACUACCACUUCUCCUGCCUUUCGUGUUACUGUGUUCUUUGGCAAUGGGCAUUUUCAUUGAGCGGUUUCUGGAAGCAUGGUUGGUUUCGCUCUAAGUGGUUUUAGUUUAUCAUGCCCACUGUCAUUUGAUGUCAUAGAAGUUGCUCUAGCAGAGUCUUGCUAGCCUCUGUCAAAGUGGUACAGACACCUUUUAGCAUGUCUACAUCCACAAAAGAAUGAAUUUUGCAUUUUACCUUAUUUUGCUGCUCAGGGGUCGCGCAUGUAUUUAUUGCUUCACAAAUAUCACGAACUGCAAGCCAGUUGUUUGUAACACUUAGGAUAUUUUUUUUUGUUAUUUUACUGUCUUCAGUGCAUGAGAGUGACAACUCUUUUAGUCAUUUAGUAAGCUCCCUCUGUUUAUUUUUUUUAUUAUAUGGGACACUGGAAAUAAGUGAUGGGUCUUAAAAAGUUCACGGUGAGUACAUUGAACGCACAUGUUCUUACGCACAAUUUUGUGUAUUAAUAAAAUAUUUUGCAGAC